UUACUGUUGUCUUCUUUACACAUCUGCACACUGGCCACAUCUCUUACGCCAGUUACAUACAUUACAUCCAUCCAGCAGCAGCGUGCUUUUUAAUGAUUUCUUCAAUGGCGUCAUCAAAUCAAUAGAGGGACACUUGGACAAACCAAAGCAGAGAUGAACUAAGCUGCAUUUAUCACAUAAAGUGACAUUUCGGUCAUCCACAUGCGCCGGCGUCAGUAAACAGAAAGCCACACAAACAGAUCUGCUGGUAACUUUGUGAGUACAACUUUUUGGAGUCAACAGCGAUAAAGAGAGUGAGGGGGCGGAACCCUGCUGAGCCCCUGCGCUGAACGACAGCCAAUCGCUUCGUUCUCCUAACUGCCAGUCACCAAAAUCCGUCCAAUACCCGCAGUGCCAUUUCUAAACUGUAUUCCCCACUGCGUCCUCCAACUGUUGUAUGUUCUGCCAAUCGCUUGAGGACAGAGUGGGAAAAGGAGCAAGCAGAGUUAGAAGCCGGACAAAAGAACUUAUAGAGCCCUUAUAUACAUAUUUUCCUAAUGUUUUAGAGAGCGUGGAGUGGUGAAAAAACAAUUGCGGUGAGUGCGGAUGGACUUGUUAGUGUAGUUAUGGAACCCCCUUUAAGCAAGAGGAAUCCGGCGAUAAGAUUAGCGGAUUUGGCAGCGACUCAACCCCUUCCUCAUCAGAAUAUGACAGGCUUCCCGGGGCUAGGGGGGCAUCACCCUCUCUCCCACCAUGCCCACCUCCACCCUGGGGAGCUGGGCAACGACCCCGGAGUGGCACUCACUCCAUUUGGACCAGAGCACAUGGCACAGACAAAUGCUCUCAAACUUAGCCCAUCUCAGCACAUUCAGAGCCAUCCCGAAGCCCAGACCGCGGCAUCUUUCACUUCUGCUCAGACCACAGUUGGUUUCCCCGUGGCUCACCCCCACUCAGGCUACUCAAGCAGCAGGGACUUCAUCCUCAGGAGAGAACUCUCAGCCUCUGCUAUGCAUGCACUUGGCGACCAGCAUAGUUCCGCCUCCUCCCCUCAUCACCAUGGCAUGUUCAUCUCCCCAACAGGUGCUUAUGGGCACACGGAAAGUGGGGCCCAUUCACUUUUCACUGGACUUCACGACCAGGCGUCCCCAGGUGCCCACCACCAUGCCCUCAAUGGGCAGAUGCGCUUGGGUAUACCGGGGGACAUCUACGGCAGGCCAGAGCACUUCGGGCACAGGCCAGAGCACUAUGGACCCUCUUCUCUCCACAGCUACAACUCCAUGAACCUCAAUGUGAACAUCGCUUCAGCUCCUCACGGAGCGGCGGGGGCGUUUUUAAGAUACAUGCGGCAGCCCAUAAAGCAAGAGCUAAUCUGCAAGUGGAUUGACCAGGAACAAAAUCAAAAAAAGCCGUGCUCCAAAACUUACAGCACCAUGCACGAACUGGUCAACCACGUCACCGUGGAGCAUGUCGGGGGACCGGAGCAGAGCACCCACGUCUGUUUUUGGGAGGAAUGUCCACGGGAAGGAAAGGCUUUCAAAGCGAAGUACAAACUGAUAAAUCACAUCCGAGUUCAUACGGGAGAAAAGCCCUUCCCGUGUCCUUUCCCGGGCUGUGGAAAAGUCUUCGCUCGAUCGGAAAAUUUAAAGAUUCACAAGAGGACUCACACAGGCGAGAAACCUUUCAAGUGCGAGUUUGACGGCUGUGACAGAAAAUUCGCCAACAGCAGCGACCGGAAGAAGCACUCUCAUGUCCACACCAGUGACAAGCCUUACUACUGCAAAGUCCGCGGCUGUGACAAAUCCUACACGCACCCGAGCUCGCUGCGGAAGCACAUGAAAGUGCACUGCAAGUCCCCGCCGCCCCCUUCCACCAACGUCACCUACAUUUCCUCCACGAACCCUCUUGGAGACCCUCUCUCGCCCAACUCCGAGCCGCACAGGAACCGCUCCGCGAACCUCUCCCCUCAGGUCACCAAUCUCAACGAGUGGUACGUGUGCCAGGGGAGCGGAGGACCCAACCACCUACACACCCCCUCCAGCGACGUGCCAACGUCAGAUUCAGACGAUGAGGACUCAUUCAGAAAUUCAGACCCCAGGACAAUGCUCUGAUGCUCCCGUUUCCGACCACGUGACUGGCAAACUUGUCACCUACUUGACCCGUCAAGAGUGCGUAGAUCCAUGUUGGCCCGUGCGCUUGGGAUACUGAUCAGUUAUUUUCACUGUUUUAUUAUUCUAACCACUGUGCUAAACGCAGAUAAUUCAGCAUCAGAGCGAAUCCAAUGCAGGCCCAAUAACGUGACAAAGCCUUUCUCUGAGGUCACUCCUGACCCCCCCCCCUUCAAAUGUAGACCAAAACUGUCAAAAUAAAACAUUUAACACUGACGUUAGAGCUGAAAUUAAAAGAAAAAACAAACUUUCCUUCUUCAUUAGAAGGAGUGAGCCAGUUUCUGAACAGAGCUGUUAAAAUCAUUUUUAAAAAAAGAGCAAUAUGAAGGGUUUAAUUAACUGCAUAACUUUAGACUCAACUGGUGUGCCGAAGUGACAUCUUUCAUGUGACCUCCCAUCAUCCCCUUGCAGUUUAAUAACUGGCCUGCUAUCAAUCACUGUCAUAUUCCAGACGUUUAAAGAAAACCAGAGGUACUGAUUGUUCACCCCAAAAAUGGCGACAAACGUUAAUGGACGUGACAUAAAAGAUGAGACUUUUUAUUGUUACUAUUUCAUGUGAUUUCUUUAAAACGUGGUACAAACUUUGAUAAACCAAUAAAGAAAAAAGAAAAAAGGAGGAGGCAAACAUCUGAGUGUCUUAAGGCUUCUCAUUUACCUUUUCAGAUUUAUACAAUACAUGUGUUUGGAUGGAAUUUUGUAAUAUUUAAGAACUAUUUAAGACUAUAUUUUAUGCAAAAUACACAAGUGUUAUGCUCGUUAAAGAGUACGAGUAAGUCCCUUGAGACCCUAAAUGUCUACACUGACAGGCUUUGGCCCUGCAGGAUUUGUACAUAUGUAAUUGUACUGAUGCUUUGUGAAUGUUGUGUAGUUUUAAUUACCAAAAAAAAAAAAAAAAAAAAAAUGUUGUUUUGUACAUUGUAAUUUAUUUGCUGGUAUCAAUGUUGUACUGGAAUUACAGGAACACCAAAGAAAAAUAAUAUCAGUUUUGGUGAUGCAUAGUACCCUGCUGAUGUUUUUUUUUUUUUUUUCAUGUUAAUAUUUUGUUCACUUUUUUAUUUUUAAUUGUGGUCUGUAAAAAAAAAAAAGAGAACAUUUACUUGAAUAAGCUGUGUAAUGUGAAAAGUCCCUCUCUCGCAUGCCUUUUGUAGUGAUCUGUCUUUCUCUUUGAGGUGCAUGGUGCCGUUGGACAUGAUGGAUUAAAAAAAGAAAAAAAAACAGAUGUUAACAGAGUUAUGACUCUCGAUGUUCAAAAUUACAUUUACAAUAGAAAUUUCAAUCUAAAAAUGAAUAUUAAAAAAAAAAAACAGGACGUGUACAGUAAAAAAACCAACAACUGUCACGAGUGUUAGAUAUUAGAGAAUCACUGUGCUUACGCAGGAAUUCACUUGGACUUUUGUGAUUGUGAGAUUGCCACGUUUUGUAAAAUAUAUUUUAGCAAGCUUUCCAUUCUUUGUCAAAUAAUUCCCUUUUUUCAUGUGAAAUUCAACAAAACGUCAUUUAUGAAAAAAGCAGAAGGAGCUCUGUUCACUUUCUAUCUUAACAUUUCUAUAAAAUAUCCCCAGUUAUCUCAGAAAGGAGCCUAACGGCCA